UAUCAGACCAGAAUAUAUAAUCUCUCCCUCUCUCUAUAUAUAUAUUUGCAUAUAUAUAUAUAUAUAUAUAUAUAUAGUCCCUCUCUCUCUAGAUCUAUGUGAAAGAAUAGGAGUGUAAAACUUAGUUGUUAAAACGGUGAGUUGAAGUCUUAAAAUGAAGGUAGAGCAAUUAAGGUUGGCAUGACUUGCACUGGAAUGGCCUUCUUCCCUACCAAUUUCAUGCUACAAGCUUCUCAUCAUGAUGAAGAUGACCAUCAUACCCCCCAUUCUCUUUCUCCACUUCUCCCACCUUGCACCACUACUCACGACUUCCAUGGGUCAUUCUUAGGGAAAAGAUCAAUGCGGUUCGCGGGUACGGAAGUAUGCGAUGACGAAACCAACAAUAAUAUCCAUGGGGAAGAUGAAUUAUCAGAUGAUGGAUUAGUUGGAGGUGAAAAGAAGAGAAGGUUAAAGAUGGAACAGGUGAAGACACUUGAAAGGAACUUUGAGUUGGGGAAUAAACUUGAUCCAGAAAGAAAAAUGCAGCUUGCAAAGGCACUUGGACUUCAACCAAGACAGAUUGCCAUUUGGUUUCAAAACAGAAGGGCAAGAUGGAAGACCAAACAGUUGGAAAAAGACUAUGAUGUCCUCAAGAAACAGUUUGAUGCUAUCAAAGCCCAAAAUGAUUCACUCCUAUCUCAAAAUCUUAAACUUCAUGCUCAGAUAAUGACAUUAAAGAACAAGGAUCCAAUGGAAUCAAUCAAUCUGAACAUCAAAGAAACAGAAGGAUCUUGCAGCAACAGAAGUGAAAACAGUUCCGAGAUCAAACUAGAUAUCUCAACAACACAUGCACCUAUUGACAGCCCGUUAUCAUCACAUCAUAAUCAUCAACAGCCGAUCCCUAAUCUUUUCCCAUCUGCCAAUGUUGAUCAUAGAUCUCAUCAUCAUCAUCAUCAUCAUGAUCAGAUUUUCCAGAAUUCAUCGUCAAGAUUAUUGGUAGAUCAUCAUCAUCAUCAUCUUCUUCACGGAAGAAAAGCUGAUCAAUCGGUAGCCGUUAAAGAAGAAAGCUUAUGCAAUAUGUUUGUGGGUAUCGAAGAUCAAUCAGGGUUUUGGCCAUGGUUAGAACAACCACAAUUCAACUGAAUUUAAAUAAAAACUAGUUUGAUUGAUUUGAUUUCUUGUUGGAAUUUGUUUAUCAGGUUUAAAAUUCUUGCUUUGAUUCU